UUUGCUUCUUCUGUAUUUUUGGAACGAAGCAUUAUAAGAUCGUCAGAAAAUGAAAGCCUCAGAAUAGUCCAAAAAAUCACGUUUCGAACGUUUGGCCUGUCUUGGAAAUAAUUGCUGUAGACAAGCAAGAAAGGGGUUCAAUACAAUGAUUUUGUACCAAAUUCGCUCAGUGAGAAUUUUUCUACGAAAUGCUUUUCCUCAAAAGGUCGACCGCUGGGGACAACAAUUAUUAUAAAGUGUGGAUCUAGCUUGAAGCCUUAUGGGAGUAAGUUAGAAGACUCGGUUCGGAUGGCAUGGAAGUAGUUGAUGAUUCCUGGCGAGUCAGACUGCCCUCGCUACUAUGGAUCCCUGUUUUUGUAUUCGGAGCUUUGCUGUAUUUCGUCGAUAUAUUCGAAAUAGAAUUUUUGUCCUUGCACCCCACUAUAGAAAGCAUCAAGGAUUUCACGUACGACAUCCACAAAGGUUUUGCCAUCAAUACUCCAGGAUGCAAGAUCCCAGAAAUGGACCCAUUCGAUCCUUCAGUACAGAAAUUCAUCGAACCGCCAACUCCAGUAGAGUGUAACAAAGGUGUUCCUGCCCUAUUUGAGGCAAACUUAACUUCCAUUUACAUUACGAGAUCUUCAUUGCCUGCUUAUAAUGUAUCUGAUAUCAACGAUCUCAGAUGCUGUUAUUGGGUUAUCCAGAGGAUAGAACCUAAAAAGAACCAGUACGAUGUGUUUAUGUCAAAGAGUAGUAUGUGUAAAUAUAUCAACACUAGUGCAGAAAUUAAGGAUGAGUUUAUCAAAGUCCAAUGCUUUCUUGAUAAUGCCACAACUUAUGUGGAUACGUUUAGUUUUGUACCUAUUAAAAAUAGCACAAAAAGCAAAGUGAUACGCUCUAAGCCUUUAAAUGUGUUAGUAGUAGGUUUAGACGCAGUGUCUAGGUUAAAUCUCCACAGACAAAUGCCCGAUACCCUUAAAUAUCUCCAACAGUUAGAAGCAGUGGAAAUGUUAGGGUAUAACAAAGUGGGUGACAAUACUUUUCCAAAUCUCAUUCCAGUAUUAACUGGUUUAUUCGAAGACGAACUGAUUAAAUCCUGUUGGCCUACAACAAAAUCAUUUUUUGAUAAUUGCACAUUUCUUUGGAAUCAUUUCAAGAGUAAAGGCUUCGUGACCGCCUAUGGUGAGGACUCUUCUUGGAUGGGUCUUUUCAACUAUCAAAGGCACGGGUUCCAAAAACAAGCAACUGAUUAUGCUUACAAUUAUUUCAACAGGUAUGCAGAAACACAUAUUGGAAAUGCGCACAAAAUGAACGUUAAUCAGUGUGAAGGUGCCAGAAUGGUUUACAAAGAUCUUUUAGAAUACAUCAAGAAAUUUGUUGUUACUAUGAACAAUAAUAGUCUUCCAUUCUUUGGGUUUUUUUGGGGUGCCAGUUUGUCUCACGAUUAUCUCAACCAACCGAAACUAGGUGAUCCCGUCUACCUGAAGUUUUUUCAAGAACUGCAAGAGGAAGGUCAUCUGAACAACACUGCCUUAGUUCUCAUGAGUGACCAUGGUAUCCGAUGGGGAGGAAUACGACAAACCUACCAAGGCAGAAUGGAAGAAAGACUUCCUUUUGUCUUUGUGGUGCUACCAACAUGGUACAGAAAUAACUACGACAGAGCUUACAGUAACCUUAAAAGAAAUGCCAGAAGGUUAACAACACCAUUUGAUCUGCAUGAAACUUUGUACGACCUGUUAGAUCCAUAUGGCCUAAGUGGAGAGAAUUUGAAAACAGCAAACAAAUCUAGAGGUAUAAGUUUCUUCAGAGAUAUCACAAAGUACAGAACUUGUGAAGAUGCAGGUAUAGCAAGUCACUGGUGCGCCUGUCAGCAGAGUAAGGAGUUGGACAAAAACUCAUCCGUAGUGAUUGAUGUUGCGACAUUUGCUGUUAAUUACAUCAAUCUGGAGUUGCAAGGAUAUGCGCAAUGCGCGAAUUUAACGUUACUGGAUAUCCUGAAUGCUAGACUGAUGUCACAUUCAGGGGAUAUUGAAGGAUUGAAUAAUAUUCAGGACUAUAUGAUUACUAUCAAGACAAUACCUGGUGAAGCAAUCUUUGAAGUGACAGUGAGGUACUUCGAGAUUGAUCAUAAGUAUGCUGUGAUUGGUACGAUAAGUAGGUUAAAUUUGUACGGAAAGCAAAGUGCCUGCAUUACCGAUUUUCAUUUAAAAUUGUACUGUUUUUGCAAAAACUUCCUUUAGUGAAGCUAAAUUAUCAAGCGAUAGAAAAUUACUACUGGCUUGAUUGAUAUCCCCAGAGUGACUGCAUGAUACGGUGUAAGAACAUCAUAAAUUAAGGCACGAUGAUAUUAUAUCUGUUUAAUCAAGAAGGUCCAAAAAUACUAUUAAAAUUGCAAUGGUUUUCGGCUGUAGGAAGUUCAACUUAAAGAAAAAUAAUCAACUUUCUGAAGACUACCACAACACUAAUGAACUGUCUGAACUUUUUUGGAUUCGUACCGUUUCACUAGAGGAUUUCGCAUGAAACUACUUACGUGGAAUAAUACUCGUAAUACCAAGUUCAUUCAUUAUGAGCACAAACCUAUUUUAGCAUAAGAUAUCCAUAUGACAAUAAAAAGCGUUUUAUUUCCGUUAUAAUACUCCAAUGCUUGGAAACACCUUCCAUUUGCCCCUGGUGUCAUCCAAUGGUAAAUGACAUUUUCUUUGCAGUAUUUACAGAGUGAAUGUUAUCAUAACAAAAAGAACUCAUAUUCAUUUUUACCUUUGAUCGCAUCUCUAUAAUCAUUUUCUAUACAUUAAUAUGAGUACCGGUUAUUUUCUAUGUUUUUGCUGCUUCCACUGUUUUAGAUCUAGACAUAUGUAUAUUUCUUCUGUAUUUCUUCGUAUCGGAUUUUGAUGAACACCACUUCUAGUUUUGGACAGAAAUGAUGUAAAGUCUAAAAUUCAACGGUGUUUCGCACUUUGGGGUAAAAUCGGCGGUCAUUCCGUGGUUUGACCAUCAAACAUUUAUUUAUAUGGCUACUUGAAGACUUGAAGUAAAUAUCGUGCUAUGUGCCAAAAAAUCUGUUUUUCAUUUUAUACUUGUAAAAUGUUCUAGGUGCCAUAACCAACAACAUAGAUAAGGCGCUAAGUGCCAUGGCUAUUAUAUUGCACUUAAAAAAAUCCAACAGAGUGCGCGCUUGUCAAUCGCCAUAACGCCGCCGGCAAAAAAUGUGCUAAGUGCCAAUAAAUAUCACCUUGUUUAUUUAUAUAAAUAAAUUAUAUAAAUAUAAAUGUUAUUGUUUUUAUCAAUUUAUUUAGUUUACAAGGGGUAUUUCCAUUAGAUCAAUCAGAAAUAUCUAGUGUCGUGUCAUUCGUUUAUGAGCUAACCUAUGUUUAAUUUUCAGGAAGUUUUUUUUAAUACAUUGAUUUUAGAACAAAAAAUAUUGCUUAUCUCUAUUUUGGCAGUUAGCCCAUUAUUAACUUCAAGUCUUCACUUAACUGCGUUUCUAUGCUUAACUCCAACGUAAUACACACUUUCUUUAGUGUGAGUAGUUUGCUUGUAUAUGGAUUUUCCAAGCAUCUCAAAUUGCAAAUAUGUAUUUUAACGAAACGAUUGAAGCCCAGAAUUAUACGUGAUGGUGCUAGAUUUUUCAUAACCUUAUUACAGUCUCCAGUUCAGAGUUAUUAAUUCAUUGGGAUUAUGCAUUAUUAGUAUUCCAUUUUAUUUAUAUAAUUCUAUAUUAGUUAUUGCAUCUUUUGUUUGAAAGGUUUGUCACGGUAUAAUUGUAUUUUUUAGAGACUGAUCAUAAAUAGAAAUGAUCAUCGUUCAUAUUUUCGUAUACAAAGUUCGCACAACUGAGCUUUUGGAGUGCCGUUUGGAAAAAUAACUAAUGGCCCUGACAACUAUUAUGACACUGAGCCUAUAAAUAGCAAUUUUUCUUGAAUACUUACAUAAAAAAGUGCGAGAUACUCAUAACACUUAUUGGUGUCAUAUUUUGUCUGAUACCUUAAGGUUUGCCUUGUGUUAAUUUUUUACAUUAAAGAACAAGUACCAAAUGAUAUCUUCCAAUGAAUCAACAUAAGUAAUCGUAAUAGAUACAACCAUACAAUGGACAACAUAGAAUUAUGAGAUUAUAAUAGGUAAGUGGAUUAUUAACCUGCUGUUUUGAGUACAAAAUAUUGUUUUACAUGAUUAUUAAACCAUUUGCAUAUUCAUAAGCAAAAAGCUAAAAUCAUCAUAAAAAUCAUAACAACCGUUUUAAGGCUUAUCUUUCUGUUUUUUCUUGACCAAAUCUGGAGAUACAGCCUUAACGAAAAUGCUAUCAAGAAGUGGUAGAUGUAGAAUUCACUUUUUUAUACCGAAGCAGUCGCGUAGAUAGAAGCCACUUCUAUAAGGCUUAAAGAUACUGGUGGAACUGUAUGCUGAUAAGUAGCUAUGAAGUACGAAACAGCUGUCCAUGAAUGGCUGUCUUCUUUUUCUGGUCGGACGGACGAAAGCAUCUUGUUUGAUCUGUUCAAGGCAAGCAGACGAUUUCUACUCUGAGCCAGAAUCAUCAGCCAUCUAGCAUAGCAGCGGUGCGCGAUCGAUUCUGGUACGAUAGAUGGCACCUUGCGCUAUCUCAUGCAUUUAAUAUAGCUGUUAUACAUUCCAAGAACCAGUUCAAGAUUAAUUUAAUUCUCAUGGAUAUGUUACGGUUAAAGUAUUUACUUAGCUAGUUUAUAGAUUAGCUGGAUAGUACAUAAACUAUGCAAAAGUGCGGUUAUUUUGAUCGAAAAUCAUAGAUUCACUAAAAUAGCUAAUACUAUUGGUUGGUUUGCAUACU